UAGUUUUAAUCGAAUUCUUCAACACCUGUUCAGUUGAUUUUUGUUUUGUUGUUUGACCCAUUCAAUGCUUAUGAGAAACGUAAACGAUUACUAAGCUAUUUCUUUACAAUAAGUGCCUUUUAUACAUAGUGAUUUCACAAUGUUUAAUAAAAAAGUGCAUCCAAAAUUGGAAUCGAUAAGUGUGUUUUCCAUGAUGGAAAUUUGCGGCGACAAUGCUUCAGCAAUGGCCUUUUUAGAGGAGUCGGGCUUAGUGCCUUCAAAAAAAUCGAUUCCUCCAAAAUGUUGCGGGAUAAGCAUGAGAGUGGAAAAUGAUGUUCGUCGAAAGCUGGGUUGGAUGUGGAGGUGCGGAUCUUCAGUUACCAAGGGGAAAACUUCAAACUGCCGUAAAAUUUUGAAUCCAAGUGAUGGAUCUUUCUUUGACGGUAAAUUUUGUCACAUUUCAAUCGCAGAUGCUUUAGCCAUAUUAUUUUGCUUCGUAAUGGAUGUUAAGAUAAUAUUUGCAUUGAAACAUUUGAAUGCUUAUCGGCAACGCAAGGGUGACGCAACGUCUUUAAGUACCGGCACUAUAACGGACUACUACAGUCAUUGUCGAGAAAUAACAGAGAUCAUAUCCUCUCAUACAGAUUUAGAUUUGGGAAAUUUGGGCAAAAUAGUCUUAUUUGAUGAGACGUUUUUAGCAAAAAGAAAAUAUAAUCGUGGUCGCUUUAGCGAAGAAAUGACUAUUAACGUAGUUGGCCUAUUUUGCAAGGAGGAUAGAACAGGAAUAUUUUAUAAAGUUAACCAAACGAAUAUUAAAAGCUUAUGGCCGUAUAUUGCCGAACUGGUUGACCAAGGGAAGCCAAAGAACAAUGCCUUCUCCGACGAAGAGGAAAGUGAUUACAGCAUGGAAGAGAUCAUUCAAAAAGGAAAGUCAAUAAGAAACGUUUCUUCAAAAAAGAAAGCACCAAUACUUAGUCAUCAAAAUAUGGGAGCAACUUUUUACAG